CAAGUUCUUCCUCACUCGAGCUAUAGCCAGCUAGCCUUCUUCUUCCUCUGCUACUACUGCCAUUGUCUGUCCGUGCCUUCCAGGCCCAAGUACUGCCAUUUCACGGUGCUGCAGGGGGCUAGCUUAGCAGGGCGUGGAGGAUGGAGCGCGCGAACACGGAGCUGUACCUGGAGAACCUGUGCAUCAUGCAGGCGAACGAGCGGCUCCGGCGGACAGCACAGCUGCUGGCCCAGGAGAACGAGCAGCUCCUCGCCGAUCUCAAGCGCAAGCAGCAGCACAUGGCGGCCUCCUCCAAGACGGCGGCCCAGCUGGCCAAGGGCGGCGGGCCGUCCGGCGCUAACGUGGCGUCGGCGCGCGCGGCGCCGUCCAAGUCCGGCAAGCAGCAGCCCCAGUGAUCGCGCCGGAGAUGCGCGCGCGCGUGCAUGCAUGCACUCGUGGAAGCUGUAGUCAUCUUUGCGAAACACUAGCUAGUAGUAGUAUGUAGUGUACGGGAUAGGUCCAUCAGAGCUGGCAUGGAUGGUUUAGUUCUACUUUUGGUUAUGUGUAGCAGCUAGCGCUUUGGCCUUUGGGGGUUAUAUUUGCAUGGCUUUUCUUGUUGCAGUGUGAUGGCCUGAGCCCUGAUGGGUACGUAGGUACCAGAGUACGAAAGAUUAGUUCACGUUAUUCCAGUAAUGUACUUGCGAAAUCCGCGGUUUAACGUGAACAAUUUG